CAUAUGGACUUCUCUUUCAUCCUAAUGCUUACCUCCGGAAUGGCUGGAAUUUACUAGAUUUUAUAAUUGUGGUAGUAGGGCUUUUUAGUGCAAUUUUAGAACAAGCAACCAAAGCUGAUGGGGUAAAUUCACUGGGAGGUAAAGGCGCUGGAUUUGAUGUUAAAGCACUUAGAGCUUUCCGCGUACUGCGCCCUUUACGGCUGGUAUCUGGAGUUCCUAGCCUUCAGGUGGUGUUAAAUUCCAUUAUCAAGGCCAUGGUCCCGUUGCUGCACAUCGCCCUGCUGGUGCUGUUUGUCAUAAUUAUCUAUGCCAUCAUUGGGUUGGAGCUCUUCAUGGGAAAGAUGCACAAAACAUGCUACUUAACAGGGAUUGCCACAGAUACACCUGCAGAAGAAGAGCCUGCUCCCUGUGCUCCAGUAUCUCAACAUGGACGGCAGUGUCAGAAUGGCACUGACUGUAGGGCCAUAUGGGAGGGACCCAAACAUGGCAUUACCAACUUUGACAACUUUGCCUUUGCCAUGUUAACUGUGUUUCAGUGCAUCACCAUGGAGGGCUGGACAGAUGUACUCUACUGG